GGAAGGAAUGAAGAUGAAACGCGACCCGCUGCUGCAAAUCUUCCUCUACUUGUGUCCCGAUCGAUGUUGCAGAUAACGACUCUGACUAUGAGGAAAUUCGAAGGUUGAAGCCUCGAAGGGAAGAGAGGGACCUAGGGCGGAGAGAAAAGAUGGACUCAUGGCGAAGAGAAAGACGGUGCCGACCUGAUUUCUUUCUCUCCUUGGUUCUUCUUAUGGUGGACGAAGAUGAGAAUCGAGUUGGUGGAGACUGCAGGAGAGAU